AUGCUGUUUCCGUGUGCACCAUAUGAAAUUGUUCAAUUUACAGUAAAGAAAUUAUCGUUUUCGGGAAAGUGGGGAUUAACGUUAGAUGAGUUGUGGACAUUUAUUCAAACCAAAUUUAACCAACAAGAUGAAUUGGAUGAAUUUCAAAAACAAUUAAUAUGGCAAUGGCUAUUUGUUGCGGAAGGUGAGGAUGGAAAUCCAGAGGAAGCCAAAAUAUAUGUCACCUAUGAUAGUAGCCCAGUCAAGGCGAAUAGCGACUACAAGGCAUUUGUUGCAAGUUAUGAGGAUUUAACGAAAAUUCGAGUACUCCCAGGACAGGAAACUCAGGUGUUUUAUUUAACAGGAAUCUCCAACAACAAAAAGUUUUUAUCGUCCCUUGGUGAAAAACCAUAUGAGUUACUACAAGAGAUUGCCAAACACGGGAGCAAAGGUAUUUGGGCACCUACUUUGACUGAUGUAACUGGCCAGGACAAUAGAUCAUUGACAGGAAGACUCAAUAAGUUGGAAGAAUGGAGGCUUAUUUACAGGGAGAAAAGGUUUUACACAGAGAAAAAAGUACAUACCAAUUGGAUUGUACAUAUAAAGUUUGCCUCAACAUCGGAAAAGCCCGAGGAUAAACAGACGAAGAAAAAACUUGACCACACCAACGAAGAAUCCAAUGAUCCAAACAAGGAUGAAGAAAAUGAAGAAGAUAGUAAUAUUAGCGGGUAUUGGACGUUUCGUGAAAAUUUGAAAAACGUUAUUGUUGAGUCUUGUAAAAAUGCUCCACAUUCAGUCAGGGUAUUCAGAGAUUUGAAAAGAGAAUUACGAAUGCAUGAAACAAGAUCGUUAUCAAAUUUGUUUCGCGCAAUCGUUAAUGUCCUCCACAAUAAAGGACUUAUAGAAAAGGUGAAUAUCAAAGACGAAGAAACGGAUAGAUUAAUCUACGCUAUUAAGUAUUUGAAAGACCCUGAAGAUUCGAAACUAAAUAUGGAAACUGAAUUUCUGGAAAUGCCCCUGUUGGGUGACAACGGGGAAGAUCAAGAAGAUGGGGAUGAUGAUGAAGAAGAUGACGACGAAGCUAGGUUUGUGCCUUCGUUUAAUAUCAUGUUUCCUCUUGCAUCACAGUUGUACCAAUACAUAUACGAUUCAAAACUGGAAGGUAUCUCGACGAGACAGAUGCUUCUGCUGGUAUUUGGACAGCCUAGGAAUAGAUUAGUGGAAAGAUUUUUUGAGAUAUUUUCCAGCUAUCAGUUGAAAGGACUGGAGUUGCAGCCAUUGAGACUAUAUCCUGACGAAAAUGAUAAAACUGGAGUAGUCAGAAUUGUUGAUGCCGAAGGUAAAAUCAAGUUUUACAAAUACUGUGCUCGGGAUAGUAUUAAUUCAGUUACUGUCAAGAUGCAUAAAAAAGAGAGACCAGUUUUGAAAACAAUAAGUGAUGUUGAUUUCAAAGCGUUGAAUGAAAGUUUAUUUGUGAAAGACAGAAAAAAGAAAACAGUACCAUUGUUUGCUGUUCCUGAGAAAUUAUAUCCUGCUAUUAAAAUGUUACAUGAUCCGCACCACAAGUAUGGUGAGGGUGAACAUCUUGUUGAUAAGUCAAUGGUGUCUCCUAUAAAAGAUGACAAACUUAGGAAAACGGAAGCAUCUAAAGUGGAGAAAGAUGAUGCUGUCAAUGUGAUACUGUCUAGUACCCAGAAGUUACCUUUGCCAAAGCGGAAAGUAUCCAAGGAAUCACCUAACACUACUCCAAAGAAAAGAAAAGUUGAAACUUUGCCUGCAAACGAUAUUGUGAGAUGUUUACGAAGGUCUGCACGUUCAGCAAGAAAGCCUGCAAUAAAAAUUGAAGAUGAUGUCUUGAUGAAUGACCUGGACAAUGAUUACAAUGAAGCUGAUAAUCAAGAAAGAAUAGAACUGGGUGUAAAAGUAGAAUCAGAGCAAGAAAGUGAUGAUAAAAUUGCUACAGAUGGCCUUUCAACGACGGAAAGUGUAUCAAAUGAAACUGUUAAACUUGAAACUAAAUCGGUUUCUUUGGGUCUGAAUGGUAAACGGGUACGAAAAUAUAGGCGAAGAAAAGGUUACCAAACACCAAAUUUUGGAGACGAUGCCCAGGGUGAAUUACGAAGAGAUUUGCUUGUAAAACUAGUUGAAUCCAAAGGUGGGAUUCUUAUUUUUGACGCAAAGUUGUCCAGAGAAUUGGACGAAAAAUUAGAAAACACUACGAUAACAGAUAAAAGGACAAUUCAAAGAGAUAUAGAAAAGUUGCAAAAAAGUGGCAUGAUUGAGUUUGAACUUAUACCACUGACAAAAAGUGGCCAGCCAAUUACCAGAUUGCUAAUAUAUUCCAAAGAAGAAAGAUCAAGACCUAGUAAUGAGGUGAUUGAGGGGUAUAGAAAAUCGUGCUCAGAGGGAUGGAACCGAACUCAAAACAAGAGACUGUUUACUAAUGUCAACAUAAGAACUAUUGAGUCAAAAUAUACACUUUUCCAUAUUGAAAGUCCCUUUGACAGGAAAAACACGAAAAGGUUGGAAUCUUUGGCCCAGUCGAAAGGAAAGGCAAAGCCCGUUGCAGCAAACAGACGCAAACCUCAAACUAAAUUUGUGGGUGAUAUACUGGGAUUUCAUGACGAAGAUCAUCAGGAUGUACCAGCGGGUCAAAAUGUUACUGCACCUUCUGAUGUCAAACGAGACGAAAAGUUGGCUUUAAAAUCAGAGGCUAUAAGUUCGCACAAAUCUGCUAAGUCAACCAAAAGUGAACUGUCUAGUUUUGCUCCAAAAAGAUUUAAAAGAAAAUCUGCUCCUGAAAGAAGAUCUAAUAAUGGUAAGCUGCUGAAUAGAGGGGUUAAAAAGAACUUUGCUGUCAAAUUCGACAAAACCGAUACGAUCACUUUGUUCCGUGCUGUGUGCAUUUCCAAAGCUUUUAACAUAAGUUCUAUUGAUUACAACGCUAUAAGCGAACUUUUCGAUAAUGUCACUGUUGAUUCCUUGCGGAAAACGUGGUCUGUAACUAGAAAAUCGAUUGGUGGAGGGGCAGUAGUAGACAAGGGAGUUGAGGAGUUUCAGUUGAUUGUGAUGAGAGGAAUAGAUGAAGGAAAUGUACUGGCCGGCGAUUUGGAGGAUGUUAGAAUACCGUUCUUUUUGGACCUAUGGGCCAAUUAUGAAGGUGCCGACAAUGAGUUUGUUGACAAAAUGCCGUUGUAUAAGAAUAUGGAGGAUAACUAUAGGUACUACAAGAAAACAACAACUGAAACCUAUGUUGAUACUUUUGAGCAAAUUGAGCUUUUAUCAAUGAGAAUGAAGGAGAUGUCUCUUGCAACCAUUCCAUUUUAUGUGUCUAAAGAUCCAGAGGAUACGGUUUUACCAAUAAAACCGCACGAUGAGAUUAGAACCAUGUUGAAGGCAAUAUUUGGUACGUCCAAAGAAACGAGCACCUCAAGUAAGAUUGACAAGUUGUUAUCAGGUUUCCCUCACAAGCAUAUUCAGGAAGCGUCGGAAGCGAUGAUCAAAGAUAGAGAAUUGUUGUAUUUUGGAACUGAUGACAGCCAAAACAAUUUUGCCUUGACCGAUAAAGUAUAUGAUUCCCUAUAUGUGCGUAUUCUGGCAUCAUUUUUCAAUGAAGCAGCUCAGUUUAAAGAUGAACUAUAUAAUGUUGUCAGUUCCAAGAAGGGAUACCCUUUGUCACAGGGAAUAGACAAUGGUAUUAUGGCACAACUAUUAGACCUUCUAUCGAGCUCCUCGAUAUCUGUAAAAAGAAUGGAGAAGGAUUAUACUUUUGACGGGUAUGAAUCGCGAUUGAUGGAUAAGAAUGAUUUGGAUUGUGAAAUUGUGUUGUAUAAAUCGUCCACAGACUUGAGGGACAUAGAUGACCAAGACAUCCACAUGAUUAUCCCAGUCCCCACUGGGAAACCAUGUAGUAGAGUUUGGUUAGAUAUAAAUGGACAAAUUGAUGCAAAGUUGUGGCGAGAUAUUGUUGUUGCAAUUUUGUAUCAUGUUCACUUUCGUCCUGGUAUUCCAAUGGAUAUGAUAUUCAGAAAGUUUGAUUCGUUGUUGAGUGUAAGUGAUUUCACUGCGGUGAUUGACUGGUUGACAAAGAGUGGGUGUAUUGAAAGAGGCGCUCAUAAUGGAUACUUUACUUCAAAUAAUUGGUUAAAUAUAUUAGGAUACUGA